AGAAAAGAGAACAUCUGUCAUGUGUUUAUGCGAUAUGUCUGAUUUUUCUACGACACAUUUUCGAACAAUUAUCGAAUUUCUUGUGCUAGUAAGUGAAUAAACGAUCGAUGUGAAAAUGGCGCUAUGUUUGCGCACGUUUUCCCACAAAAUCUCACCUAUAAACGGUAUUGUUUCCACAAAAAAUCAUUCCAGCCGAUUGUCUAGAAAAAUCCCCGUGCGGGCACAAUUUCUGGAAGAUUUCCUCCAUCGCCGGCGCAUCUCGAGCUGUCCAGUGCCGUCAAGAUGUGCCGUGGACUCGAACAUAGACAAUGUUUACAUUCACGAACUGACCACGGCGACUUCGCUUCGAGGUUACCGCGAGGAGCGGCCGGACCGGGAUGUGUACAACCGACUAAGCUGCUAUAAAGACGGCAUAGCCGUGAGGUCUUUGGGGCUGACCUCGGACGACUAUGUGGAGAAGACCUUACCUUUUGAGUUUAAUGACACACAUAAUAGUAUUAGAAAUAUAGAUUUAUCCAAAUUUGAAGAUAUAGAGUCACUGCAACCAACUUGCCUCUCCGCCUUUGAGUACAAUGCCGUGUACAGCACGGGAGGCACACCAGCACCCGCACCCUCUGAAAAAGACAGAGAAGGGAAGCCCAGUGAGGAGCAGCUCGCCAAGGUGUUCCAUGUGCUGUCGGAGACUAUGCCCAAGCUCUUUAUCAAGCCACUGGACUACUCCAUAUACCAUCCCAAUCUGAUCUUUGUCAACAACAUCAGAGGAAUGACCACUGUUGGUCUAAUACACUAUGUGAAACAAAUCGCGCUGCUUCGCACCGUGGGGCAUCUCAAGUUCGCGUACGUGCGCUUCGAAGUGAUGAAGAUCACCCAGCACCCGGAGGACUCUAGUAUCAAGAUGAGGUGGCGGGUGCGCGGCAUCUCCGGGUUCAAAGUGUUCUUCAUGUUCUGGAAGUACAAGCUGUGGAAUAUGAAGGAGGCAUUCGCUGAUCAGGAGCUAUGGUAUGACGGUUUCUCCACAUUCUACGUCGGAGGCGACGGGCUCGUCCAGAAACAUGUUGCUGAUAAGGUAAUGCCAGACCAGGACACGAUAAUAGACGACGAAGAGAAAGCGCCAAUAGCAGCCAAGAUCGCCCUCCUCAUAGGGCUCAUACCACGCAACUAUCUAUCAGACGUAUCCCCAUACUUCACGGCGUCGCCCGGCACUGAUGAACUCACUGCGCUGCCUUUCAAGACGGUCGAGUAAUAUUAAUAUAUAGCUAUAUAAAUGGCUAUUAGUUUAUCAAAGUAGGCAAAUUAAGCUACAUCUCAAAAUAUUAGAGUAGAUUGCGCUGGCCAUUUUAACCCUUAAGUCCAUAGCGGCAACAUACUUCUGUACAAUAAUUAUAAAUCGAAAAACUAAAAAUCGAAUAACUAAAAAUAAUGUCAUAUGGUUUAAGGGUUAAACCGAAUGAGUUUGGCCCAUUCGAGAUGUAUUCAUAAUUGUUUUCCAUAGUAUUUUUUCGGAAGCUUUCGUAUGUCACACUACUUCAGUCAACCUCAGUACUUUUUGAACAGAGACUGACUGAUAUGGCAAGACACGUUCGUACGUUUCCGUGAUAAUACGAUGGAAAAUAAUGAAUGCACUACAUCUUUAGCUGCUAAUGCUAAACACUAGCGGGCUGCCGGGUAAAUAUGGCAGGCCUUCACAUUGGGGCCUGUUUACACAUUCAAUGUGUAAACAUUUUGAAUGCCAGCUACACUUAACCCGCAUCCAUACUUACCUGUCUCACCUGAAGUCUUAGUGAACACAUCAAAUGUCAAAGUACUUAUAUUUAUUUGGUCAAAUAACAGUAGAGCAAGGGCCCAUUUCUGAAAUGGCAUUUCCAAACAGCAUAGUAUUAUUUGUGCCCGUUUUUGAAAUGUCAACUGGUAUAUUAUCAUAACACUGUGGCUUAAUCCAUGAAGUAAAUUUUGCCGCUAAAUGUGUCACGUUUCGUAUUUUUAUGUAUAAAUACUAUUGUUAAAAGCUUGUUUUAUUGUUUAAAUUAAAGUGACUCUUAUUGGGUCUGUUAUAAAGACUAAUUUUAAUAAGAUUCUAAACGAGCUGACUUGUUAUUCGGUAUUUAAAUAAUAUUACGAACAAAAUAUCUCUUUGUAUAAUAUAUCUAGUAUUCCGAUUCGUAUACCCACAAACAUUUGUGAUAGUUUUUCAUAAUUAAUAACUGUAAAUCAUUGUAGCUAUCUAAAUCACACUGUAAUAUACUGUUUUUUAUUUAUUUAUUAGAACAUACAGGUUGUUUUAAUGAUACUCUGACAUUUACCUUUCUCAAGUAAAUUGAAAUAUUUGAAA